AUGAGAAUAGCCCUUCAAUUGGUAGACAAAUUAAUAAAGCAAGAACAUGGAGCGGUUGAGAAUGUAUUGAUCAAAGUGGAAAAAAUUUUUCUCCCAACAAAUUUUGUUAUUCUUGAUAUGAAAGAGGAUGAAAAUUCUUCUAUCACUCUAGGGAGACCUUUUCUAGUUACUGGUAAAGUCAUAAUUGAUGUUGAAAAAGGUGAAUUGAUAUUGAGGGUGCGUGAUGAGCUCUUAGUGUUUCAUGUUUUUAAAACCAUGCAUCACUCGAGUGACAAGGAGGAUUGCAUGAAGGUUGAAUCAAGUAAUCCAAGCCUCAAAGAACCCCCUGAUGAAGCACCUCUAGAAGCUCAACCACCAUGCUUGAAAGUCAAAGAAGAAAUAGAAGUGGUGCCGCAAGUUGGAGGCACAAAAGAAGCUAACAAGAAAUUGCAACCUAAGCCCCCUUUUGUGGAAACCAACAAGAUUUCCCCUGACAUCAAACCUAAGUUUGGUAUUGAGUAUGCACCAUCACCUAAGGGAGAAGAGAAGAGUCUGAAGAAGUCCAAGAGAUGGAGAAAUAAGAAGAACCCUACAAGUGACUUCUCUCCUAAACAGCAAGUAAUCUAA